GUGCCUGGCGGUGAGGGAGGCGCGAAGAUGGCGGAAGCGGAGGGCGGCUGCUGAGCUCCGAGGGGUGGACCAAUCCUUCCACAGCUAUGGAGAAUGAACCAAGCACAACCACAUCUUCCACAGGCACAACAACCAUAGCCACCACGUCUUCCCCUUCCCGUACACAACCUCCUCAGAUAUCUGUUUAUAGUGGGUCAGAUCGACAUGCUGUACAGGUUAUUCAGCAAGCCUUGCACCGUCCCCCUAGCUCUGCAGCUCAGUAUCUCCAGCAGAUGUAUGCAGCUCAGCAGCAGCAUUUAAUGUUACAAACAGCUGCUUUACAACAGCAGCAUUUAAGCAGCACUCAGUUCCAGAGUCUGGCCAGCGUACCACAGGCAAACCUGUCAGGUGGAAGGCAGUGUUCAUCCCCCAAUGGCAGCGUCACUCAGCAGUCAAGCAUGUCAGAAACUUCGAUUAAUCUUUCAACUUCGCCGACGCCUGCUCAGCUAAUAAGCCGAUCGCAGGCCUCCAACACCAGUAGCAGCAGUCUUACCCAACAGACAAUGCUGCUAGGGAGCACCUCUCCUACUUUGACUGCCAGCCAGGCUCAAAUGUACCUCCGAGCUCAAAUGCUGAUUUUUACACCUGCUACCACUGUGGCGGCUGUCCAGUCUGACAUUCCUGUUGUGUCAUCAUCAUCUUCGUUUCCCUGUCAGUCUGCAGCUACUCAGGUCCAGAAUUUGACAGUACGCAGCCAGAAGUUGAGUGCAUUGUCUAGUUCACAGAAUGGUUCCCCAAAAACCAGCAGCCAAGUGCAGGCUCUGGGUGUGUGUCCUAAUAAACCUAUAACCAGUACCAAAGCCAGCCAGUCAGAUCCUUCAGAAAGCAAAAGGAAAGGAGACAGCCCAACUGCAGAGCCUCGGAAUCCGGCUGUUACUCGUACAUCAAACAUUCACCAACUCAUAGCACCAGCUUCAUAUUCUCCAAUUCAAUCCCACUCCUUAUUAAAGCAUCAGCAGUCCUCUCUUCAUUCUCCACCUUCAAAGAUUUCUCACCAUCAGCUGAUCUUCCAGCAGCAGCAAGUUCAACCAAUAUCGCUCCAGCUUCCUCCUGGGCAGGAAAAUUCUUCAUCGCAACAACACGGUGUGCCGCCACUCCAGAGCCAUGCCCUCCCUCCUGCUCCCAGCAGUGCCUCAUCACAGCAUGGCCCGCCUGCCCACAUCCAUCCCCCGCUGCCUCCUCCACCUUCUCCUACUCCAUCCCAGUCCUCCCAGCAAUCCGUGGUCGUGUCCCCCGCACCACCUCCUUCGCCUAGCCAGUCGCCAAAUAUCAUCAUCCACCCCCAAGCUCUUAUUCAGUCACAGUCGCAUCACUUGGCCUCCUCAGGGCUUCAUUCGCAGCAUAGUCCAGCACAGGCUGACGGCAGCCCAACAGAACCGAUGUCACAGUCUGAUAAUCAUCCACCGCAGCUCCCAUCUUCCCCGGCCGUGCACUCUGGAUCAGCAGAGCCGUCUUCCAUAAUGUCUGCAGGACAACAGAUAUCAUCUCCGACGUCCCAUCCCCAGUAUCCGGCUUUACAGCCAACGCCAAUUCCAGUUGCAACUCCUCCGCAGCUGUCCACAUCCCCCAUGCACAGCCAGCCACUCCCCCUUCCUCCUGUGCAGUCCCUGCAAGUACAGCCUGAAAUGUUGUCCCAGGGUCAGGUUUUGGUGCAAAAUACAUUGGUUUCUGAGGAGGAACUUCCUGCUGCUGAAGCUUUGGUGCAGCUGCCAUUUCAGACUCUUCCACCUCCCCAAACGGUUGCAGUAGAUCUUCAAGUACAGCAAGCAGUACCUGUAGAGACACCAGUGAUAUAUCAAGUAGAAGGCAUGUGUGAUGAAGAUAUUCCAGAAGAAUCAGACUGUGGCCGCAUGGCUAGGACUCCCACUCCACCCACCUUGUCACCACCAGCUAUAACCAGAGAGGAUCUUAACUAUGAUGAGUCUUUUUCAGAACACGAGGGACAUCCCUCAAUGGCAUCGUCGGUCAGUGCUUCUGUUAUCAAGUCCUCAUCAGACCCUUCUCACGCCUCUAUUGCACAGCCGCCUCUUUUGCUUCCAGCAAUUUCAACAAGGAGUAACUGCACACCAGCAUCUCACAGGAACCACAGCGCAGAAAGCAAACUUCCACAGGCAAUUGUUAAGCCCCAAAUCCUGACUCAUGUUAUCGAGGGGUUUGUGAUCCAAGAGGGAUUAGAGCCUUUUCCCGUAAGUUGUUCAUCUCUUAUGGUUGAUCAGCCUGCAAAAAAAAGAGCCCUGGUGGAAGGACAAGUGAUGAACGUCAUGUGUGUUGAGCCAGAGCUACAGAACAAUGCAAAACACGCAGACAAUUCCUCAGACACAGAGCUGGAAGAUAUUGCUGACGAAGGACUAGAUGAGAUGGAAACCGAUGUCCUCAAGUGUGAGUUCUGUGGGAAAAUGGGGUAUGCAAACAAGUUCCUGCGGUCAAAGCGGUUCUGCACCAUGUCGUGUGCAAAGAGAUAUUCUGUGCUGUACAAUGUCAGCUGCAGUAAGAAAUUUGGGUUGUAUUCAGCAGACAAAAGCAGUCGUUGGAACCGGAACUCCGAGAGCCAAAGCCUUGGACGACGUGGGCGACGGCCGGGCAGUUGCGAUGGAGCUCCUAGGGAGCCCUUCCAUAGACAGCUUCCAAUUACUUAUCCAUCUGCAGAAGAAGACUUGGCAUCUCAAGAAGACAGUGUGCCGGUUGCCAUGACCACUCGCCUGCGAAGGCAAAGUGAAAGGGAAAGAGAGCGCGAACUUAGGGAGCUCAGGAUUAGAAAGACACCAGACAGCAUGGAUUUGUUACCCGCUGUGCAAUCCGAUCCAUCUAUAUGGAGUGUCGAAGAUGUUUGGGCCUUCAUACGUACCUUACCUGGUUGUCAAGAUAUUGCUGAUGAAUUUCGAGCCCAGGAGAUCGAUGGCCAGGCUCUUCUUUUAUUAAAAGAGGAUCACCUUAUGAGUGCAAUGAAUAUUAAGCUAGGACCAGCACUAAAGAUUUGUGCACGGAUCAAUUCCUUGAAGGAAUCAUAGUGGAAAACUAAGGCUUUAAAGCUCAGCUUCUAUCAGAUGACAGACUUGUGAAGUUAUAAGCCGACAUCUUAAUGUGUGAUGUGAUUAUUACUGCUAUGUUUUGCUAAGCAUUUUUUCCACAGACAGACAGUUGGAAGAGCACAUUUAAUGUUAAUCUUCCAUAACUUCCAGUACUUACCCAGCUUAUCAGGAAGCAUAAGCUGUUUGGGCAAAUAGUUGUAGUCGAAUGCAAGGCAAGCUAGAGUCAGUGGAAAGCUCUAUGUAACAUGUUGUGGGUGAUGCUUAUUCCAAAAAGCUACUUAUAUACCAUACAAGAUUUAAGGUUUUUUAGAAAAUAUAAGCUUGAUGACCAUUUUAAAUUGCAUUUCUAUACACUUUUUUCAUUUGUAGAAAGCUUUUUAAGAAUAUGGAUUAACAGAAGAGUCCACAGAGUCUGUGGCAGCGCUGAUUAUGGUAAAAUGCUAUGCAUUUAAUUGUGCUCUUUGAGUUUCAAUUAAUCUUGAGUGUACAGGUCGAAGGGAAUUUGCAGCCGAUCCC